AUGGCCGAUCAACCCGCCAACAACGCCCCGCAAAGUCAGUCCAGCCAUUCUUUUCUGGACAGGCUGAAGGGCUUCUUUGGCUUUGAUAACAACAAUGUCGAUCCCGAGGAAUUGCGUAACAGCAGGAUAUCGAAAUCCACACUUGGAACGGUCCAAAUGAUCCUGAGAACCCGUAUGUUCAACUGGAGUCUCAAGUACAAAUGGCUCCUAACGGUCACCGUCUGCUUUAUCUCCAUCUUGACUGGACUUCCGGCAGGAACAUAUGGCUCUGGAAAUGACUGGAUGGAAGAGAAGUUCCAUGUCCAGAACUCCCCCUUUCCCAAUCUGUACUGGGCUACGACGUCCUGGAAUAUGGGCGCUGCCUUCUGGCCGUUGAUUUUUGUGCCUCUCACUGAGUCUUCUGGCCGCAUGCUGGGUAUCGCACUUGGCCCCUUCAUCGGUUCGGCCAUUGUGCAGAUCCACAAGUCUGACCCCUGGCGUUGGAUCUUCUACAUUCAGAUUAUCUAUAAUGCCGCUCUUAUUCCCGUAUUUUACCUCAUCCUCAGCGAAACCCGCCCAGAUGUGAUCUUGAAGAAACGGGCACGAAAGAUCCGGAAGGAAACCGGCCGACCUGUGUAUGCCCAAGCGGAGCUUGACAAGGUCAGCACUCUCAAACUCCUGCAGAUCUCCUUCCAACGUCCUACGCGCAUGCUCGUAACUGAGCCUGUCGUCAUCUUCUUCACACUCUGGAUCAGCUUUGCCUGGGGUAUCUUGUAUCUAUUCUUCUCCAGUGUGGUCCAAACCUACAGCACCAACUAUGGCUGGGGCAGUAUGGCCACCGGUCUCGUCCAGCUCGCUAUCUCCGUGGGUGCCGUCAUCGGCACAGCCAUCAACCCUCUCCAGGACUGGAUCUAUCAGAGUUCAGCCAAACGCAACUCCGAAAAGCCCGGGAAGCCCAUCCCCGAGGCUCGCCUCUACACCGCUAUUCCCGGUAGCUUGCUCUUCGCAGGCGGUCUGUUCUGGUAUGGCUGGGCCAGUAUGCCCGAUGUGCAUUGGAUUGUGCCCACCAUCGGCAUCACAGCCGCCGGUAUCGGUAUCUACUCCAUAUACAUGGCCGUGGUCAACUACCUCACCGACGCAUACGAGAAAUAUGCCGCCUCAGCUCUGUCGGCUGCUUCGUUGGGUCGUAACUCAUUCGGUGCUUUCUUGCCCUUGGCCUCGCCUCAGCUGUUCUCGAAUCUCGGCUUCGGAUGGGCCGGUUCCUUGUUGGGCUUUAUCGGUAUCGCGCUGUCGGUUGUCCCUGUCGUUUUGGUGCUAAAGGGUCCUCAAAUUCGUCAUCGUAGUCCGUUCAUGCGCGAAUCUAUGUGGACUUCAGACGAGGUUGAUGAGAAGGAUGAGCCUAGUGUGGAGAAGGUCCCUACUGCCGAGAUCCCGUAA